CUGGCCCAGUCUCCCAUCUUGUCACUCAGGAGUUCCAUCUCUUGGUUCCUUCUCAGGUACCACCUUCACUGAAGAUCCCACGAGAACAUGCCUCCCAAGAAGCCGGAGCCAAAGAAGGAGGCGACCAAGCCAGCCCCAGCCCCAGCCCCUGCCCCUGCCCCGGCCUCUGCUCCUGAGGCCCCCAAGGAGUCUGCCUUUGACCCCAAGAGUGUAAAGAUUGACUUCACUGCAGACCAGAUCGAAGAGUUCAAAGAAGCCUUCUCAUUGUUUGACCGGACUGCAGCGGGAGAUAUGAAGAUCACUUAUGCACAGUGCGGGGAUGUGUUGAGGGCCCUGGGCCAGAACCCCACCAACGCUGAGGUGCUGCGUGUCCUGGGCAAGCCGAAGCCUGAAGAGAUGAAUGCCAAGAUGCUAGACUUUGAGACAUUCCUGCCCAUCCUGCAACACAUCUCCCGCAACAAGGAGCAAGGCACCUAUGAGGACUUCGUGGAGGGGCUGCGUGUGUUUGACAAGGAGAGCAAUGGCACCGUCAUGGGCGCUGAGCUUCGCCAUGUCCUUGCCACCCUUGGAGAGAAGAUGACAGAGGCUGAGGUGGAGCAGCUGUUGUCUGGGCAGGAGGAUGCCAAUGGCUGCAUCAAUUAUGAAGCCUUUAUCAAGCACAUCAUGUCUUGCUGAAGCAGAUCCCUCCCGGGUGCUUGGCCCUGGAACAGGCCAUCUUUGGGUGAGUUAUGAGAGGCCCAUAUGAAAUGGACGACUGGACUUAGCCACUAUGCUGCAGCCCCAGGAGCCCUAUCC